CAUAUAUAUAUAUUAUUACAAGUUACAAAUUUUUUAUUGAACUUUCUUAUCAAAUAUAUAGCUGAUUAAUAAUAUUAACUCUUCCCUGGCCUCAGUACUAAUAAUUAUAUCUCAAAUAAUAUUUGUUCGUACUAAAAUUAAUAAUAAUAAUAAUAAUAUAACUGAUGAUGAUCUCGAACAUAAGCAUGGAUUUUCCAGCUGGCUCACCAGAAACCCGCAUCGAUGUGGGAUUCGACUCGGUUUCGGGAGCGGAAGCACCUCUACUCCCCCCUCCGACAACGCAAAGUUGCGUUAGAUCAUCAGUACCAUCAUCAUCAUCAUCGUCGUCAUCUAAAGUACCCGACGAGUUUCGAAAUUUCCGCUUAUGUUUGAAAUGGUGCGCCUUAGACCACUCCACAUUCGCCGGCAAAUUUAUAUCCUACAUUUUCUUCGUGCUCUUCACCUUCAUCGUCCCCGCCCUCACGGCCGUCUCCGUCAGGCAGAGGCAGUCGACGGAGGAAGGCAGUGAAGACGAUUCCAUGGUCAUCUCCUUCAACACACUCGUCCAGAUACCCGAAUCAGGCCUCACAAUCAUCGCAUUCCUCACUCUCUCACGGUUCUUCAAUAGGUACGGACUCCGUCAACUCCUCUUCCUCGAUUGCCUCGGCGAAGACUCCAUAGACAUUCGUAGGAGAUACGUCGGUGAACUCGACCGCGCCUUCCGGUGCCUAGCCGGAAUCCUUCUGCCGUCGUUCUUAGUGGAGCUUGCACAUAAGAUCGUUCUAUUCUCGUCGGUGGAGAUUUCAGCUCCGUUCGGUUCAUCUUCGGGUGGAGGAGUGGGUCCGUUGAACUCGGUGGCGUUCGUAGCGGUUCUGGCUUCGUGGGUUUACAGAAGCGGGGCUUUCUUGGUUGUGUGUGUGAUGUUUAGGCUGACUUGCGAACUCCAAAUACUUCGGUUCGAAGGGUUCCAGAAUCUUCUAGAAGGAUGUGAGUCGAAUAGUGGUUUGAUAUUCCGGGAGCACGUUCGUAUCAGAAAACAGUUGUGGGUUACCAGCCAUAGAUACCGUUUCUUCAUAAUCGGCUGCCUUGUUACCAUUACUGUUAGCCAAUUGGGUGCCUUGUUGCUCGUUUUAGCUUCCAAAACUCACAAGACUUUCCUCAACUCCGGUGAUCUUGUGGUGUGUUCGGCUAUGGAGAUAAGUGGAUUCUUCUUGUGCUUAGUUGGGGCAGCGAGAAUAACGCACAGAGCUCAAAGGAUAGUGUCGAUAGCAACUAGAUGGCACGUGCUUGUCACAUGCGCAUCAGCAGCUGGUGGGCCGGACCCAUCCAAAGCCCAUUUUCUAGAAGCCAAUUGCAAGGAUGAUCAGCAGAGGUGUGGGGAGAGCGACUCUGACUCAUCCGAUGACACUACUUUUGUUACCGUUUCUUCUCACGACUCUUCCUCCUUCCAAACUAGACAGGCUUUAGUGGCUUAUUUGCAACACAACAAUGGAGGAAUUACUCUGUUUGGAUUUGCUCUAGAUCGAGGGAUGCUCCACACACUCUUCGCAUUCGAGUUCUCUCUGGUCUUAUGGAUUCUCAGUAAAGUGGUCGUUUUGUCUCAAUAAAAUAAAUUAAUUUAUCCUUAUUUUUAAUCAGUUAUAUUAUUAAUUUAUGCUGUCCCUCAGAUGAUCGAUCUUAAUUAUGUACUUAUUAUUAUAAGCCAGAUUAAACACAUUAUUAUUCUUUCUUUUUGGAUGUAGUUACUAAACACAUUAUUAAUUAAUUACUAUAGGAUACCAAUUUAUUGAUA